GUUCAACAUAGGCUACGGGAAUAUACUACUUUCCUGCAUAUAUUCAUAUAUAAACUUGUAUAUUUCCUAGUACUUUUAAACAGACUUUUUUUUUAAACGUAUAUCUCUUACACAACAUAUGAAAUAUAUUGCCGCCGCUGCAGUCCUAUCUUGUCUACUUUUUGUGGAAGCAAGCCCUGCUUCUUCUUCGUCUAAAAAUACAGGUUCUUCUGUCACUGCUUCGAUGUCAUCUUUGGAUCCGCUAUCUGGUGCAGGGUAUUCUAUCAAGGUUGAUUCAGACGACAAAGAUGAAGAUCAAGAAAAUUCACCAGCUCUUGCUAUAGUUGUAGCUGCUCAUGAAGAGCAGGAAGAGCAAGAAGAAAAUGAGGAAUCGGAAGAAAGCGAGAAAAAAGAGUCUUCCGUCGUCGACAAAGAAGUAGAUGAAAAUGUAUUUGCUUCUGCAGGUCUUGUUUAUAACAAAGCAAUUGAUUUACCUGUAUAUAGACAAGGUCGAGUUAGAGCUGGAGAUAACCUACCACCUGUUCCUCAGGUAGUUGCCUGUAGAGCAGAUGGUCAAGUUGCCAUCACUUACAGUGAAGGCCCUAGUGAUGCAACCGCUCGUAUUGCUCGCCAUUUAAACAACGGAACCACUCCAGGAAACUUUUUUGUUAAUACCACAUGGUUAAACCAACAAAAAUAUGCCAUGGUCCUUCAAAAUAUUUACAAUGCAGGCCACUUAAUAGGAAUGACAUACCGCCUUCCCAAUGAAGACCCUGAAGCAAUGAGUGACGAAGAAAUCAAGACUGAUAUUAUUAAUAGUGCGCGAAUGAUCGAAACUCUAAUUCAAGUAUCCCCUAAAUACGUUCGACUUCAUUUCAGUGCACAAAGUGAUGGUAGAACUGAGCAGAUCUUACGUGACCUCGGAUUCAUUAUAGUAGGGUACAACUUGGAUGGUAAAGAUUAUGUUCAUAAAACUCCUGAAUUAGUCGCAAAUGAAUAUGAGCGCACUUUCAAAGAGUAUAGAGAUGCACACGAUUCCAAAGGUUCUUUUGUCGCAAUUCAAUAUGAUAUUCCAGAGACCACAAGUAUGGAUGCGGUGCCUAGCAUUCUAGAAACAAUUGAAUCUCAAGGAUAUACAGCUGUUCGAAUGGAUGGCUGCUUAAACGACGCUAGACCUUACAAAGCAAGCGCCGCAGGUCUUGAGUAUGUAGCUGAUAAGUUUUCGUUUGGAUCUUCUGGUUACAAAUCAGGACAACAAGUUAAGAGCAUUAUUGCAAACACAACUGCCGAACAAGAGCUUCGAGUACUUGCUGUUGAUGACGAGUUUUUAGAGAAAAGUGAUGCUUCAACAAUGCUUUCUAAGAAGAUUGGCUUUGCUUUAAUACCUGCUCUUAUUUACGCAUUCUUUAUUUAA